CCCGCCGAUUGGCUGGAAGGCGCGGGAGCCAGGCCGCCCGGCCGGUCCCGAGGAGGGCGGCGCCGUUGGCUCGGUCCCGGGUCCGGCGGUGACCGGCUUCUGUGAGACCGCCAUGGCAGCUCAAGCCGGUCAGCAGACCCUGAGAAAGGUUGUGUCGGGGUGUUCUCUGAAGCGGGCAGCAGUGACCGGAGUACUAGCCACGGCACAGCGACCUGCGCGAAAUGUCAGAUACUUAGCUUCCUGUUGUAUACUGAUGAGCAGAACUUUUCCUCUACAUACCUCAGUUUUGCCAAAGGAUAUAUAUGCAAGAAAUUUCUUCAAAAUUACUGCACCACUAAUAAAGAAAAGAAAAGAAUAUUCAGAGAGGAGGAUUAUCGGAUACUCCAUGCAGGAAAUGUAUGAUGUAGUAUCAGGAAUGGAAGAUUACAAGCACUUCGUACCUUGGUGUAAAAAAUCAGAUAUAAUAUCAAAGAGACCUGGAUACUGCAAAACACGAUUAGAAAUUGGAUUUCCACCUGUAUUGGAGCGCUAUACAUCUGUAGUGACCUUGGUGAAACCUCAUUUGGUAAAGGCAUCUUGUACUGAUGGGAGACUUUUCAAUCACUUGGAGACAGUUUGGCGUUUCAGUCCAGGUCUUCCCAGUUACCCAAGAACUUGUACCUUGGAUUUUUCAAUUUCUUUCGAAUUCCGCUCCCUUCUACACUCUCAGCUUUCAACAUUAUUUUUUGAUGAAGUUGUAAAGCAAAUGGUGACUGCCUUUGAAAGAAGAGCUUGUAAGCUGUACGGUCCAGAAACAAAUAUACCUCGGGAAUUAAUGCUCCACAAAGUUCAUCACACAUAAAGGGAAAAAGGAACUGGUCAACUGCUUGAAACCUUGUCUGUUUACUUUUAGGAAAUGUUUUUAUUAUUUGCUUUAGAAGUCAGAAAAGCAUUGAAGUCCAACUCUUAUUUAUUAGCCAUUGAUAAUUUGCACUUGAAAUAAUGAAACCUUAUAUACAUAAAACUCAGUUAAGUGUAAUUCAGAGUAAUACAUUAGCAGUGAUACAUCUACAGUGACAGUGUCAUUAGUAUUGCUCAAAACUACCAUCACUCUUCUGAGUAGAGUUGAAACUUUAAAUUUACACUUUUUAAUAAUCACUUUCUCUGAAAUAGGUCAGUUAAAAUACAGUAUGUAUAUUAACCACAUCAUGUUUAAGUUAUUAAAUUCACACUUUUUAACUUAUUGUUUUAGUACCUUCCUCAUGGCUUAGGGUAUUUGAUUAGCCAUCAGAUAUUUAAAAUAAGAAUUUUGACUUUAAAAUAUUGUUGGCGGGGCUGGAGCAAUAGCAUAGCAGAUAGGACGUUUGCCUUGCACGUGGCCAACCCGGGUUUGAUUCCGAGCAUCCCAUAUGGUCCCCUGAGCACCGCCAGGAUUAAUUCCUGAGUGCAGAGCCAGGAGUAACCCCUGUGCAUCGCCAGGUGUAACCCAAAAAGCAAUAAAUAAAUAUUGUUGGUACAUUCUUUACCUUGAAGAUUUGCCCCACAUCUCAUCUGCCUGAGAUGUUUGCUUUCAUCCUUUUUCCCUCAUGUUCUUUAAUAUGUCUCUCUCUCUCCCUCUCCCCCCACCAUAAAUUUAAUUUCUUGAAAUAACUAUUUUGCUUCCCCCAAAAUAAAAUCUUGAGCAGGGGUGUAGAUCAGCAGUAGAGCUCUUUCCUUACAUGGGUGAAGCCUUGGAUUUAGUCCCUGGCACCACAAAAUCUAGGUUAAUAUUAAAAAGUGUUAUUAUUAGUAACAUUAAUGGAAUGAUUAAAAUUAACAUACAUGUUAAUAAAGUUUCCCUGAAAUUUACUUAUUUUUAAGUUGUUCUUAAUAGUAGUAAUUUAAUACAACAGUGAGGUUAGUUCCCAGAUAAAUAGUGAGUUGGUUUUCUUUUUUGGUGACUGGUCCAGAACUUGAAGCUACUUUUCUAGUGAUUAGCAACCUUUUCUAGGUACUUUGACUGCUCUUUCAGUAAUUUUGAUGACAUGUUAAUUUUGUCUACAAUAGUGGGCAGCAGAUGAAGAUGCUGAUAAGACCUCCAGCAUCUUUCAUCCCUGUUUUCUAUUUAUUAUAUAUACUUUAAAUAUAGUAACAACAACAGGUCUCAUUCCCCUGACCCUGAAAGAGCCUCCAGUACAGCACCAUUGGGAAGGACGAGUAAGGAGAAGUUGCUAAAAUCUCAGGGCUGGCUGGAACUAAUGGAGAUGUUACUGGCGCUUGCUCAAGCAAAUCAAUGAACAACGGGAUGACAGUGACACAGUGAUACUUUCAAUAAUGUAUUUCAAACUGAUAUUUUUGUAAACAAAUCAAUGUAAAGAUUGAAGUGGUAACUUAAUAAAGUUAAUUUAUUUUUGUACAGUU